CAUACGAACGUUACGUCAAUCACUCGGUCCAACUCGAACAAGAUUUUUGCCGUUAAAGAAACGUUAACGAUUGAUAGCGAUUGAUACGAACCAGCCGAAAGAAAAUAUUGCCAGGAACCGUGGUCGUGGUCGUAGUCGUAAACCGAACCGUGGUCAGAGUCAGAAUCUAGAUUGAAUUAACGCGUGAUAUUCGUUACUUGGGAAACGGAUGAACGACGACUAACAGGUCGACGCAAGUGUCACUCGCCGAUUACGCUAAUGCGAGAGGUAAAAGGGGCACUUGUUGGAUAAACAUGGGAACGACGUCGCGUACGAGUAGCAAAGAUAGAAAAAGGAUAUUUCUACAAUGGACUUACCGGUAAAAAAUAGGAUAAACGCGGAAACUGCAUAACCGAGAAGGUUACUGCCGCUGUAUCUCAUUCUGCGUUCGUUAUCUCAUCAUAAUCAUGACCAUUUGUCGCGGUGUGAAAAGGAAACGAGCGUAAGAGUACCCUGCGGGAUUUCAAACGAUGUACCGUCCCGUCGAUUCCUCGUUGCACCUCGUCGACAUGUUUUCGAACACAGUGCCAACCAGCAGCAUCUCGCACCAAUACACCUGUAUCACGGGUUGCUUAUGCAGGAGCAACAGUUAUUUUCGCACACCUGCAUAUCUUCGAAACUCUUCUUUUGCUCGUAAGUGUCCUCGCACGGUAUGCGUCCUCUCGAAUAGGCACACCAACUUUCACCUACUCGCACCUACUCGCGCCUACUUGCACCUACUUGCACCUACUUGCACCGACUCCCGACACUCGACACCCGACACCCGGGAUGAUCGAUUAGUGAACGAAGCAGCUAUCGGUGUCGAGCACCGAUACCACGACAGCACCGCCAUCUUCGAGCGUUUUUCAAAGCCUUGUCUUUCUCGCUGGAUUCGCUGGAUUCGCUGGAUUCGAAGCCCUCUGCACUGCUCUGUACCUGUACUUACCACAUCGCGCACCGCACACCACCGCACACCAUUCUUAUCGGAUCAACGCGAAUCUCCUGUAUUCAUUCAGGUAGAAGGGCGAUACGUUCAUGGAAAAAAACGACGAUUCACCGGAAGAUGUCAAACGAGCUACGUCUGUCGAGCGCGAAAUAAAACGAGGGGAAAAGGAUGAUACCUUCGAGGGAUAUCCGCGUCAAGAAAAGAAGAAAAGAUGGGAACACUGUGACAAAACGAGUUCAAAGAAAUCCAAGCGGCAGAAAACAAAGUCGAACGGAGAUUGCUGCGAAACGCGAAAAGGCGAAACGAGGAAGGCGAAAAGGUUUACGAAGGUUUCGGUAUUUGGGGAACCGUGUACGUUCCCGAAAGUGGACAUAAUACCUAGACAUUGUUUGACGAAAGAGGCCUACGUCGAUCUAUUGGCAAAGCCGAGUCGAAAAUGUCCACCGGAUUGUACAAAGAAAACUGUGCUGAGAAGAUUACUUCCUGUUUCGCGACGCAUCAAGGAAUUGGCUCAACCGCCGAGGCAACGAAUGCUGAUAAGUCUGCAACAAGGUGCAGCAGUGUUACCACCGGCGCUCUUGGACAAUCUCGCGCGGACCUUGGAAAACGAAACAUGCCUGAGUCCCGAGCAAGCGGCGAUUGUUUCGCGAAAACAGAAAUUGGUAAGGAAACGGAAGGAGAAGAAACGGACGUGGCGGCAGAAAGAAACGAGUAAAUCGAGUAAACCGAGCGUAGGUCCUGCUAUCGCAGGAUCGUUGGACAAGGAUUCGAUCUCGUGUCAAUAUUCGAUGGCCGAACGUUUCGUCAAAAGUAUUUUACGAUGGAAGUGUCGUAUUCCCAUGUCGGAAUUCGGUGACAUCUCGAAAGUGAUCACCGAACGUUUGGUCGACGUUCUCGAGUACACUCCUUCGCACAACGAAGACCGUAAGUGGCAGCAGUUGCGUUCCUUGGCCGACAUGAUAGCUUGUUGGAUAUCUGGAGUGCUGUCGGACGUUGCUCGUUAUCAGGAGGAAAAGUUGAAAGAAAUAUGCAGAAAGAAGGAGCAAGAAUGGGCAAUAGCGGAAGAGGAGGAGGAGGAAGAGGAGGAGGAGGAGGAGGAGGAGGAGGAAGAUGAAGGCGAAGACAGAGACGAAGACGAAGACGAAGAAGACGAGGACGAGGAUACGAGUGGAAUCGAGGACCCGAAGAAAGACAAAGACCUGAAAGAAGAUGAAACGACGACGGUGGAGGAAGCUACUACCGUCGUCGCGGAAGAAAAGGUAGACGAUGUAACGGAAACGGAGACGCGUGUAGACGAACCGGAUUCGAAAGCCGUUGAAACGGAAACAGAAACUGUGGUCACGGCAGAAGUAGAGGUUGAAACGAGCCCGAUUACGCCUUCGGAAGUAGAAGCGGAACAGAAAAUUGAAACAGAAACAACAAUUGAAACUGCAACGAUGGAAACCGAGAAACCGGAGCCGAUGGAAGCAGAAACGAUGGCGGACGUCGAAGCGGACGUCGAAGCGGAUGUCGAGGCGGAAGCGGAAACGGAAACGGACGCCGAACCGGAAACAAUAGCAACGGAGGAAAUCGAGGAAUACCGGAUGGAUGCAGCGAUCGAACCAACGGCGGAGGGCGAUGCGGAGGGGAGCGAAGAAGUAGAAAAAGGAGAAGAGGACGAAAAAGUCGAAGAAGAGAAAGGAGAAGAAAGAGAAAGAGAAAAAGAGAAAGAAGAGGAAGAGGAGAAACGCGACGAGCUGCCGGAAGACGUACAAGUUGAAACGGAGAUUCCAUCUACGCCAUUGGCAGAGGAGAAAGUUACAACCGAAGAAGAGAAAUGGAAAGAUAUAUUGACCGGAGGGGACUUGGAGGAAUUGUUUAAAACCGAUAUUCCAUUCGUUACCUUUGGCAAAAUCAUCGAUACGAUUUACAAGAUGAUCGAAAAGACUCCGGAAAACACGGGCAAAGAUCCGAUAACGAAUGCUAUGCACCGUGUGAUUUAUGAAAAACUGACCAACAUCGUGACGUUGGAGGAUCCGAAUCUGUUGACGGAAGAAUUAAAGGAUGUCGUGGACGUGGUGUGUGGAAAAGUAGCAAACUGGUUGAAAACUAUCCUGAGCAAAUCGCAGGUUGCGUUCAUGGAACGAUGCAUGCCGGUGGUGGAAUCGAAGGAGAUCAGGGAUUGGACGAAAUGGCUCGAACACGUGAGCAACGAAGCUUUAGAUUGGAAUAUAUGGUUGCGCGGUGUGAUCGAGAAAAUUUUUGAGAUGAGAUUCUCGAACGUGACGCGAGGCGAAUGGAAAGAUUGGACGAAAUCCGUCGACAAAGGAGCCUUGCUUUGGAGAAGAUUUCAUCUACAAACUAUACAUCAAGCACACCGUAAUAUCACGAUGAUGAUAGGUCGACGCGUUGUCAAGACUGGGACCAAAACUCCUUGUACCGCUUCGGAACAGUUGAUAGCCUCUACGGAAUUGCAGGCAUAAUGCUCGAACGAUUGUCGCAUAAUCGCCCAAUUGUCGAAUAAUCGAAUAAUCGAAUACUUUACAUGUGCCAGAGACAGGCGCGUACGUGCGUGCACGAUCGUACCAUCGCGGUGUAACGCAGCUUUGCCGCAAAGAUUUGGAUAUCGCGAUUUUAUGCAGCUUACGAAAGAUGCAUAAAAUCGCUCGUGUCGCCGAUGUAAGUCGUUUCAAAUGUUGCGCAUACAUUCGAUCGAAUAGAACGUAUAACGUGCUUAAUGCGUGCUGAUGUAUAUUCAAUCUGCAGUCUAUAGUCUACAAUCUACAUAGAUGUAUAGCGUCGCAUUCUCGUACGUCCGAGGAAGAAUAGGGACACCUCGUAUGGUCGAUUCUCUCUCUUUGAAUCGAACACGUAAUUGGAAACCUGGACUUUGAAAGCAAGAUGACCUAAAUCGAAAGUUCCAACUUUCAAGCUGGCCGUUCGGCAAACGAAAACGAUCGGCUGACAUACAUGCGUACUUGCGAGCGAUGUCUGUAACCUGCCGGAGGAACUGGAGUCGGAAAAACGCGAAUUCUUCGCGUAUCCAACCGUUCGACGGAAUACAAAGUUUCUACAGUUGUUACCUAAAGAAAUAGAAAAUCUAUCAUAGACGAA